CAGGCGAGCGGAAAAAUGACCGCACCGCGCAGGGUAGAAAACGGCAUCUAACCCUAGCCCCGAUCCACAGCCCCACGCCCCUCGCUCCUCCCUCCCUCGUCCGCCGCCACUCCCUCCCACCUCCUCCUCCUGCGCCCUAGGAGCCCCGCCGCCGACUGCUACUUCUCCACCGCCUCGCCUCUUCCUCCUCCUCGCCUUCCCAUCGCUCGGGCGCAGGCUGCUGUGGCCAAGCGCUUCGCGGGCGAACCCGUCUCCACCGCCUGCUCUGGGUUCACGCGGGACGGGCUCCCCCGCGUGGCCGGCCUCGACGAGCACGACCUCGAUCCGGCCUCAGCCGGAGGACCUCGAGCCGAGGAGUGCGGCCUCGAUCGGGACUCGGCAUGUGGGGUGACGGCGGAGGAGGGGAAAGGAGGGGAGCAGCAACCAACAUCUUGGGCGGCGGUGGCUGGACUCCAUGAGCUGGCCGGCGACGGUGGCGGUGCUGGAUUCGAUCUGCAGGUGAGAGAGGGAGGUGUGGCUUCGAAUUGGAGAGGGACUCCACCGGCGUCGGCCCGCGCGAGGAUUGGUGCCGCUCUCCUCGUAGGCCCUCGCUCCAGGUCGCCGAGGAGGGGCUGUAGCCGAGUCUGCAUAGUUGAGGGUAGGGAGGGCUGAGGUGGGAGGGGAAGGAGAUGGUCAUGGAUCUACUCGAGAAGGUGAGAGGACGAAGACAGAGGGGGUGCUCGAGGUGGUCAAGGCGGAGCAGCAGAGGACGGCUCGUCCACGAGCUCAAGUUUAAGGCGGACGGCGGCCUCAACGGGUGGGUGACGACAUCUACACCUGGUUCCACCUUGCUGUGGCAAAAUAGGAGGCCAUUCGUGCAGUCAUGCAGCGGAUGGAGUCCUCGGCAGGUGGGUGAUGGAGGCUGUAGAUGAUGCACGAUGACGGCUCCCAGCGAGUAUCCUUUUCUCUGUAACAGAUUUGAUUCUUUACGUUUUAGUUUGCAUAUGCUGGCGAUUGCCUUCUAUUUGCGCUCAAUCGGCGUAUGUAUGUGUGCCGGUAGAAGUGGGACCAACGACUUCGUUAGGAGCAGUCUAUUUUAACUCACACAUUCCUUGAACUGAACAAAUACAUUUGAGUUCUUCCAUUUCUGAAUUUAUGCUUCUGUAAUGUCAUACCUUCAGUUUAAUUUGGGUCAGUAUUGACCGGCUCACCAAUCGAUUAGGUUUAGAACAAAUUGUACUGGAUCUUUGUUAGGCAUCGUCCUGUAUAUGCAUCCAACUAUAGCCUAUGCCUGACCUUCAUGUUUAUCUUUUCAUGGUCAUGGAAAAUUUAAUGAUCAGCGGAUUCGUCAAGGCCAUGUCCGCGGCAUGGCGAGACGCCCGCAAAGCAUUGCUUGCUUCCAUGCCGACGCGAGCUGCCAGUCCACCCAACUCACGAAUAGCCUCGCUGGUCUCCGAUCCAGCGCCCACCCUAUGGCACAGCUCCACCGUGCUGACUGAUGCUGCCUACGCCAUGGAAAGGGGUUCUAUUAAAUGUGAACAUGUUUGCGUCAAGGCUUUGUUGAUGGUUGAAGAAGAAAUCAAGGUCGCCAAAACUCGGGUGCUGCUGAAUUGCUAGAUUACUCCACUGCAAAAAACGCUGGACAGUGGCAAGAAGGAAGAGCUCGGGCCACCCGCGAUGCCAGGCCGCCGGCCCUCCUCCCUCAAGCUCAAGGCGGCGAAGAGAUGGUUGAGAUGGUGUUGCAGCUCCGCAGAAUGCAGACAAUUAAAUGAUUCUGCCCGUGCUAUCAAAGUGGCCUCUCAGACUGAAGAAGGUGCCACUGCUGAAAAUAUUGUUCAGCCUGCAUCCGUGCUAAAUGUUGGAGAGGAAACUGAAAGUGCAUCUGCUGAGGAUCCAAAGAACAUGCUUCCUGACCCCUCUAAGACCAAAAGGCAAUGCCGCCAAGGGAGUUGGCGCACCAAAGAAAGCGAGGCAGUAGUUCUUCCAUGGAGCACUUCUUCCAUGCCGUUAUCUAGAUAUGUACAUACGGUAUCUUCUAUAUUCUGCUUGCUUAUCAAGCGAAGUCUACGCUGGAAGGGUAUCAUGCUGACCAUUUAAUUGAAUUUCUCUUACAGAAACCAAUAUUAAUUUAUUCAGAGAACAUCCUUAUUUUUAUUUGUGAGAUAAUUAAAAAAGAUGUUUAUCUUUCCGAGCGACAUCGGACAUCCUAUAAUUUUGAGCACCGCCUCGAAGCAACCAGAAAUAGUUUCUGGUAGACUUUGGUCAAUGUAUCCUGGCCUGCAUGCUUUGGUUGUUACGAAAACAGCCACCUUUUGUUUCGCAUCAAUGAGACCAAUAUCUUUCCCCUUUCGGAGAACUCCGAGCAAGCUAUAUAUAAACUUUAGUCUUCCCCUGCUGCUUCUAUGGUGAAAAGUACUGUGUAAUGUAGUCUAUCAUCUUUAGAUUAUAUUGUUCUCUUUGUAGUGAAAAGCGGUUUAUCACCGCUUAUUGUAUAUAUAUGUGAAGAACUCUUCUGCUACUGUUUCCUGAAAACUAUGACUCAAGAAACAAGCUUCCUUUUAUGCAUGCUUUUGCUUCAA